AUGCAGGCGAGGAAGGCCUGGUUCCAGUUGCUUUGCCUGCAGAUGCUACAGGAGAUUCUCCUUUUCCACAACCAUGUGCUACUCCUCCGGAGCCUGUGGUACAGAGUGCUCCUCAGAACUUUGCAUGCUCUGUCUCGGAACUCGACUCAGGCAUUUUCCUGGACAUCAACGGGGGGGCCCGGCGCCCUCUUUCAGCAGCAUUUCUUGGAGCUGGCUGUGAUACUUUCUCGGUCGCUCCCGAAAUUUUCCCUGAACGUGACCUUCUACAAGAUGCUUUCUUCUUUUCCUUGCUCAGGGUUUGUCACUCUGGGCAGGUUGCCCUUUUGCAUGCACAUCCUGCUCUGCGCCACUGAUUUGACUUCGAAUCUUUUCGAUCGCAUGAUUCAGAUAGCACAUGCAUGCUUUGCAGCGGGUUCUCACGUAUUGCUUUCUCAGCACUCUGGUUCUUCAGUGUGGAGCCAUGCUUCGGUGAUUUUUCUUUUACAGCAGAUGGGCGCAGAUGCUAUUUUCUGGGACCCCCAGCGGUUUGGUUGCGACUUCGAAGGCUUUGGUCUCCUGGCUGCGUCCUUUUCAUCUUUGCAAUUUUUAGCCACUGCUUCCUCGACGGGGUCUUCAAUGCAGGCCCAUCGGGAAUUUGACUUUUCUUCUUUGAGCGCGGACUUUGUGCUCGCUGUGGCCGAGGGUUCCUUGCAUCUUUUCGCUCAAAGAAGUCCGGAACCUAAAGAUUUGCAGUUUGGCCAGAUUCCUUUUCUGAGGCAUGUGAAAGCGAGAUUCGACCCACCCUUUGCCAACCAGGAUGGUGCUGGGAUCUACUCAGUGCCUGAUUGGAGUACGCCUCCACCUGGGGUUCCGGAUGUGCUUUGCGAUCUCAGGUCCAAACUUCGGCAGUGGAUCUUCGAUGAAAAGAUCCCUCAACGACUACAGGCCCAUGCCCUGCAGCACAGCUCAGAGCCACUCUUUCAGGAGGGCGAGAUUCAGCAUCUCAGACAGCUUUUUCAGUCCUGGGUCUCAGAACAAGGAUCGUCACAUGUGAUUGACUGGACGAUUCCGGACCAUCAACCUUACGCUUUGCAUGCCUUGAAGUUCUUCUCACAGUUUGUCAAGGACAAGGAUGAUACCCUUUGCCAGUGCCUGCUUGAUGGGGUUCCCACAGGAUAUGACAGUGACAUCCCGCUCUCCAAGGUUUUCAUACCGCAUCCGACAGCACCGGAACUUGAUCACCAGCUUUCCAUUGCCAAGGACAACUGGCAAAGUGCCAAUAAUGAUCCAGACACUUUGCGAGAGUUGGUGCAUGCCGAGGUCCAGAAAGGAUGGCUGUUUGAGAUGCCUUCUUUACAGGCGGCACAGGAACGUUGGGGAGAGCGCGUUGCUGUAGGGAAAAUGUCCCUCGUACUUUCUCCCCCGAGAGCUCCCAGGCUGGUGGUUGACUCCACCGUGUGUGGCACCAACGAUGCAUGCUCUAUCCCUGAGCGCUACACUUUGCCAGGUCUACAAGAUGUUCGAGAUUGCUUUCCUUUGCGCCUUCAUGCAGGCCUGUGUGAAGGCUUCCAUCUCGACGUCAAGGCGGCGCAUAAAACGGUUAGGGUCAAAGAGGCUGACCAGGGACUGCUCGGUGUCACUUUACCGGGUGGAGACGGUAAGGAUGACAGACUUUUCUUUUACCGUGUUUGUCCAUUCGGAGCAAAUUUCUCUGCUUUGUGGUUUCAGCGACUGGCGGGCAUGCUUUUACGACUCAUGCAUCUCUGGAUCUUUGUGCGCCAUGCUCUUAUGGGCUACGUCGACGAUUUUCUUUUCAUCCAGGACCGAGAGUGCAUCCUGUACUCUGCGUCACUCUUACUUUGCUUUACAUCUAUAUUCGGAGUGCCUUUGAGCUGGGCCAAGUUACAAUUGGGAAGUUGCAUUACCUGGAUUGGUUGGACAUUCAACUUUACCAGUCCGUACCUCCAAUCGGAUCUGGAUGCGGGUGACCAAUCCCAAAUCAGAUCGGCGUUCUUUGUCACCAGCAUCGCGGUUGAGGCCUUUGCGGAUGCAAGAGCUGAUGGAGAGCUCAUUGGGAUUGGCGGUUUUAUUGCCUUCCCGUCCGGUGCCUACAUUUGGUUUUCUCAGGCCUGGCAGCUUUCUGAUUUGUCGGUUUUGAGCUUGGAACUUCGCCGACCCGCACAUAAGGACAUUGCCUGCUAUGAGACUUUGGCACAGAUUGCUUUGGUACAUGCUUACAGGUCAGUAUUUCCUUCGGGUCGAGUGGCAGUUCGCCUCCCCUCCUUUUCCGACAACGCUUCGACAGAGGCCUUGGGGGCGAAGCUUUACACUGCCAAGUGGCCAUUGGGAGCGUUUGCCCAGAAACUUUCCCUCAUAUCUGCAGCUUCGGGUAUUGAGCUGGAUAUUUCUCACAUCGCCGGUGAGAAAAAUGAUGAUGCAGAUCUGUUGAGCAGGUGGAAUCAAACUGAUUCUUUACCUGACAAAUGGCGCAAAGAAGACCGAGUGGAUUGCUCUCUCAAGUUUAUCUGGUUCUUUCGCAAGGAGGUCCUGGUAUGGCCUUCCCACUUUUCUUUACCAGCGGUGACACAGGAACGACAUGUGUCAGACGAUGACAUAUGA